AAAGAGAGAGAGAGAGAGAGAGAGAGAGAGAGACGCCUCCCAAAAUAAUAGUGUUCUUAGCAUGUCACAUCAGUAGUGAGAGCAGAUGAUUCAAGGGUGAGAAAGAGACAGAGGAGACAGAGACAGUGAGAGAAAGGAGAGGUCAUUGUAUGAGAUGACAGACUACUGAUUCCAGCUGGUAUCAGCAUAUAUUGUAGCUACCUUUUCCACACCCAUUUACUUGACUGGUGGAUACAGAUUUAUUUUUUCUUUACGUAUUUUCGUAGUUUCCUCGUCACCAUGGUGGGCAGGUGGAACUUUCUGAUACUGAUUCUGUACCUCCCCUUCAUCACGGCCCUGUCAGUCUCAUCCUGCCCUCCAGGAUUUCAAUCUACGAGGCAAAGAUGCAUUGAUAUAGAUGAAUGUGCUGUUGAAGAGGAGGAUACUGAUUAUAUUACACCAUGUGGAAAGAAUGCGAUCUGUUUAAACACAAAUGGCAGCUUCUACUGCCAAUGUGAAGAUGGUUUCAUUUCAACAACACAGACUGUGAAUUUUUCAGCUGAAACAUCUGAAUGUAGAGAUAAAAAUGAGUGUUUGGAGAGUCCGGGCAUCUGUGGAUCUAAUGCCACAUGUUUUAACACAAUUCCACAUUACUCCUGUACUUGUGAUGAUGGAUUCAGUUCCUCAAAUGGAAAAGAAAGUUUUCAGCACAGUGACAAUGUGACAUGUAGAGAUAUAUGUAUGAUUGAUAAGACAAUCUGCGGAAAUGGAACCUGCCACAGUGGAGCCAGUGGCCAUUUCUGUUCAUGCUACGCAGGGUUCACUAACUAUGGCAACAAAAGGUCUCGCUGCAUUGCGUUAGACUGUGAUGUAUUCAAAGAUAUGAACAAUCUGAAAGAGAAAUAUCCUGCUGCACAUGAUCUUGUGAUGCAGUUGGAAAAAAGCUGUCUGGAGCUUAAACAAAGUGAGAAUCCAACUAAGCUGGAUGGAGAGGACACACUAAUGAGACUGUUGUCUGUGAUCGACAAGCUCUUGUCCGGUAAAGCCUUCGAGGAUAACAGGAAAGUCUCCACCUUUCUGGACUUGGUGGAGAACACACUGAAGCUCAUCGGACCUUUAAUUGAGCCCCCUGGGGCAAAUAGAUCCUCCACUCACACAGAGCUUGAGCUGCUGGUACAUAAGGGACGUGACUUACCCCAGGGACCUGUGACUUUAACGUCUAAGAAAACUCAGCUGAACAUCCAGAUGAAGACAGCUGCUGGAGAUCCCUCCAAUUACCCUGGUUUUACAACAGUGUCCUUGCUGAGCUAUGCAAACCUGAAAGACUCUGCAGAUGGAUACUUCAGUGGGAUGAAACCACAGGAGAACCAAAGCUUUGAGAUCAACUCUAAAGUCGUGACUGUCACUGUCAGUAACAGAAACACAAGGCACCUUGAAGAGCCAGUCGAAUUAACUUUCUACCACCUGAAACAGUUAAAUAAAUCUUACCACACCUGUGUGUUCUGGGAUUCCUCUGAGGAAGGAGGGGCAUGGUCUGCUCGUGGUUGCAGUGUGGUGGAGUCCAACGUUGAAUACACUGUGUGCUCGUGCAACCAUCUGAGCAGCUUUGCUGUGCUCAUGGCACUCUAUGAGAUGGAGCACAAGUUCGAGUUGCAGCUGAUCACCUGGGUGGGUCUGUCCCUUUCACUUAUUUGCCUGUUCAUCUGCAUCCUGACGUUCUCGUUGAUCCGCUCCAUCAAAAGCCCAAGAACCACCAUCCACCUGCACCUCUGCAUCAGCCUCUUCAUUGCCAUGCUUAUCUUCCUUGCAGGCAUCUCUCGUACAGAGAACCGGACUGGCUGUGCAGUGGUGGCAGGACUGCUGCAUUUCUUCUUUCUGGCAGCGUUUUGCUGGAUGUGUCUGGAGGGCAUACAACUGUUCAGGAUGGUAGUCCUGGUCUUUAACACCAACUUCAAAACCCUCUACAUGAUGGCAGGUGGCUAUGGAGUCCCAGCUGUAAUUGUCAGUAUCUCUGCCUUAGCUAAUGCUAAGGGAUAUGGCACUCAGCGACAUUGUUGGUUGGACCUGGAAUUCAUUUGGAGUUUCUUUGGCCCUGUCUGUAUCAUCAUAAUUGUAAACAUUUUCUUCUUUCUCAUCACUGUGUGGAAGUUGGCACAGAAGUUCUCAAGUUUAAACCCCGACUUGGACAAUCUGCAGAAAAUAAAGGCGUUCACCAUUACUGCAGUGGCUCAGUUGUGCGUGUUGGGCACCAUGUGGAUCUUCGGUUGUUUCCAGUUCGAGGAGGGCACAAUAACAAUGUCUUACCUGUUCACCAUCUUUGGCAGUUUUCAGGGCGUUAUGCUCUUUGUCAUGCACUGUCUGUUUUCUAAACAGGUGAGGGAAGAGUAUGGAAACAUCCUGUCCAGAUUCUGUGCACCUAGGAAGAAGAGCUACUCAGAAUUCAGUCACUCAAAUUCCAGCAAAGCUCAUGCAUCCAAGAGCACCCAGGACACAGGAGAGUCUCACAUCUGAGUUAAACAUUGGAAACAGUGGAAGUCUGAUUUAUUUCCUGAAGAGUGCCAUCUCAGACAAAUGGCCAGCUGCCCUCCCAUUUGUAGCCAGUGCAUUAGUUUGCUUUAUAAAACAUUGUUAUUAAUAUCCUUCUAUUCCGUUUUCUUUACUGUUACUCAUUAUUGAGUUGGUCUUUGCAUUUUAAGCUAUUGACAUGGAACUGUUGGUUGUUAUAAUUAAUAGGAUUUCCUUCAAAAUGAGAAAAUAAGAAAUGACAUUCAAGAUUAAGAAUUACCAUAAUGCUAUGGACUAUUCUGUCUUUAUAUUUCAGCUAUUAAGAUGACACAUGAUUAAACCCCAUAGUGUGCUUUACUUUCAUGCCAACUCUCAUUGUUGUGGAGUAAAUAAAUGGGGAAUAAUGUCACUCAUUUUGGAAAAAGAAAUCGGGUAAUAUGGCACUUUUUUUCCUGCAUAAGCUGCCACAUUUAAUUUGAUAUUAAUUAAAUAUGGCCAACAAAAGGAGGACAAUUAUGAGACAGAAAUGUAUUUCAAAUGUAUGUUUGUGUGUAUAUAUUGCUGGGCAAUUCUGUAGUAUUACUAUAAGUGACUGCAUUCCUGCUCCAUUCAGUGUGCUGUACCAUGUUAAAUGUAUUAUAUCUAAAUAUUUGCGAAGAGAUUUUUAUUUACCAAGUUCAGAUAAUACAUGCUUCAAAACUUGAAUGUUCAAAGAAUCCCUCUCCUGGAAGCUUUUAAUUAAAUAAAUAUUCUGUUGUACCUCA